AUGGACAACGGCACUGCUCCUGAUGAGCUCAGUCCCCGGCUGACAGGAGCAAAAAUAGCUGAAAUUGUUUUCUGCAGCUGCAUCUUCUGCAUUGGGCUGCCCCUCAACUGCCUCGCUGUGAUCGGACUCUACAACCUAGUCAAGGCCAAUAAUGCCCAACCCAUCUACGUCAUCAACCUCCUCAUCGCUGACCUCCUCCAGCUUGCUACAUUGCCAUUCACGAUUCUUACCUUUUACUAUUUCCAGUCUAUUGAAAUCAUUGCUGGAUUAAGCAUUUUAAUCAUAGUCUAUGGAUUGUCCAUCUUUGUCAGCAUUGGCUUCUUUGUCUGCAUCUCCCUGGAGAGAUACGUGGCUGUCGUCCAUCCCCUGUGGCACCAGAGCCACCGCAGCCCCAGGUUCGCCAUCAAAGUGUCUGUGGGAGUCUGGCUGUUUCCUCUUCUCUUUUGCAUCGCUGUUACUCUCGUCCUGUUUCUUCUCGAUCUGCGGGAAAAUCUUCCAGCCAUUGGGAGUCUUCUGAUCUUUGUGUUCUUCUUCCUUGUUCCACUGACCCUCCUUGUUUUCUUCUAUGUCCGCUCCAAAGCCGCAAUCACCUCCUCUAUUGGAGCUCCGGAUGUGAAGAAGAAAAGGGCCCUGCGUGUGCUGUCCGCUGUUCUCGUCCUCUUCAUCGUCGUCUACGGACCCUUCUUCACUUUAAGUGUGAUCAAUGCUUUCCUGAUUUCAAUGGGUAUUGUCACUAGCGUGGGACUGUCCUUGAUGUCUGUUGUGAUCCGCAAUCUCAGCGUCAUCGUAGAUCCCAUCCUGUACGUCUUCCUCAGGAAUGAUGUCAGACAGACGUUGUACGCCACCCCCUCCUGGCAGAUGUUGAUGGGGGUGGGAUGGAGGAGGAGAAUGGAGAGCCCCAGAGCAGCAGAGGAGAGAAAAGUGUCCCUGAGAGAGCGGCUGAAAGCCUGCGGGAAGGAGCAAGUGACCGUGAACUGGACAGAGAGGAUAGCCAGGCUGACCACGAAGCUGGAGGUCCCCGACCCUUGCUGA